CAUCAAUAGAAUGCACAUCUUUGGAUGGAAACACAGCUAGUGUUGUGUAGCUUGUGAAUGCGUUGUGUUUUUCAGGGCAGUGUUGUUCUGCAGUGUGAGGAUGAAGACUCUUGUGUGUGUCUGGAUGAUGAUCUGUCUCUGCUACUGUGCUGAAGCCACUGCCUCUGACCUCCUGCGGGAGAGUGCUGUGAGCUGGCUGGGGGCUCUGCCGUGCGGCAGCUGGGACUGUGAGUGUGCGUUCAGUAAACUUCAGGGCUGCUGCUGCGUCUCCAGCGCUCUGGAUGAUCUGGAGCAGGCCACCUUCAUCCGCAUGAUGGGCUUAUGGGACGGCCUGAUGCGCAUCAACACACAAGUACAGGACAUCACAGCUGGCUGUAAGAUAGCCUUCACCGCCGCCAUGCUGCCCAUGAGUGCGUGUUUCGGGCCUUUCACCAGCAACAUGUCCAUCUCUUACCAGUCUGUCUCGCUCAAUCAGGGGAACGGCUACAAUCCUGCGCUGGGUGUGUUCACCGCGCCCCACGCGGGCACGUACUCCUUCUCCUUCACGGUGUACUCCAAACCGGGCAGCGCUGGCGAGCGGCUAUACCAGAAGCUGCAGCUGGUGAAGGACGGGACAGUGCUGGCCUCAUCCUGGGAGGAUAACCGUGAGGACUCGGAGGACAGCAGCUCUCAGACGCUCCUGCUGCAGCUCAGACGGGGCUGUCAGGUCUACAUGGAGCUGCUGUCCGGAAGGCAGAUCUGCGGAGACACGCAGGGCCUCAACACCUUCAGCGGAUUCCUCAUCUACCCCUCCUCUGAGGAGCUGGGGAACUAACACACACAGACGAACACACAUACAGUACUGUGUAAAAGUCUUAGAAGCCAGCUCUCAGAGCCUAAAAGUGCUGGGUCAUUACUUUUGGGUGAACUACAUGCCUUUAAUACACAAGCAGAAAAUCUGUGCACAAUAUAUUCAGAACAAACAUACUUCUGGAAUCAAAAGACCAGCAUUAAAAGUGUGUUUAGCGUGACCUCCACCAAGAGCAAGAGUUGAACUUUUUUGUAGAGUCUAUUCUGAAAUGAUAUCUAAUGUUGGCAUUUCUAAGAGUUCUUCUGUAGAUUUAGCAUGAUCUACCUUUCUUUUUCUCUCAUACUGCCUAUAAUAUCGCCUAUACAUACUGUGUAUAAUAUUCAGGUCUGGACUCUGUGUAGGCCAUUUCAUGACUGUCUUUGUUUCAUCAGCUGUUUUUCUCACCAUCUAUGACUUCCUUACAUUAGCAGUGUGUUUAGGGUCAUUAUCAUGCUGAAAAAUAAAACUAUUACAAAUGA